AGAGCCUGUCCCCACAUGUCAAGCACUCAAGCAGCCCUGAUGUGUACUUCCCUCGCUGCUGGCCUGCCGCUGCUGUUGCGCCGACGACUCCGUGACUCCAGUACCCAGAAUCGGCGGCUGACGCAAGGCCGAGCAGGCGACGGCCGCAGCGGCGUCAAUGGGGCACCCUUACGCGCCGGCCGAACUGGAUCUGCCGGGCUUCGUGCCGCUGAAGCUGUCCCAGGCCGAGAUCCUCGUGUCCUACCUCGGCGCCUCCCUCUUCGUCCUCCUCGCCGUCUGGCUCGUCUCCGGAAGAUGUGGCAGAUUGUCCAAGACCGACCGUCUGCUCAUGUGCUGGUGGGCAUUCACAGGGUUGACCCACAUAAUGAUCGAGGGGCCCUUUGUCUUCACUCCUGAUUUCUUCAAGAAGGAGAACCCCAAUUUCUUCGAUGAAGUUUGGAAAGAGUAUAGUAAGGGGGACUCUAGGUAUGUUGCUAGGGACGCCGCAACUGUUACUGUUGAAGGGAUCACUGCUGUAUUGGAAGGCCCUGCAUCACUGCUUGCUGUCUAUGCUAUUGGAUCCCGGAAGCCCUUCAGCCAUAUUCUCCAGUUUGCCGUCUGUCUAGGUCAGCUCUACGGAUGCUUGGUUUACUUUAUCACCGCAUACUUGGAUGGCUUCAACUUCUGGGUCGGUCCAUUCUACUUCUGGGCAUAUUUCAUUGGUGCAAAUAGUUUCUGGAUUUGGAUACCGAUGCUCAUUGCCAUAAGAUCCUGGAAGGAAAUAUGCGCAGCAUUUCAAGCUGAAAAGGUGAAGACCAAUUAAAAGCCUGUCUUAGCCACCAUUUGAUUGGAACCAAGACUUCUAUUGUGGAGAACAUCAUUUGUUGUCUGAAAUUCUUAUGUUGGUAUUGGAAACUGCCUGUACUCUUUGCUCAAACAAAAUUGUGAAUUUGUGAUGCAGAAAAGUUGAUUUUGUUUACAGGGUUUCUUUUUUUUUCCCCUUAGGUGAAAUAUAUAUAAGUGUUGCCAGUACCA